AUGCUCCCAUUGGUUGAUGAUUUGAAAAGGGCGGGGACUCUGGGCAGCAGUUGCGGAGUGCCACGGGUCCACAGUGCCGCACUGAGCAGAGAGGAAGGGGCGUCCCGGAGCAUUUGGAGGAUAAAGGUUUUCCGCAGGGUGAUGACCACACCUGCCGGCCCGGCAAGGCUUCGGCCCGUGUCCCGGUGGGGCCUGUCCCCGGCUGACCUGCAGGCUGAAAGGGAUGCUACGGUGGACGGUCAAUCCACCAUGGUGCCCCAGCCGGCUUUCGUCUUGCCAGGUCCUCCUGUGGACCCAGAUUUCCAGGCCGACAUGCACAGCACCCUGGAGCAGACGCUGCCUGGGUUUCAGGGCGGACGGCACUCCAGGCGGACGCCUGUCCCGAGCGAAGCCUGGCCUCGCAGGAGGUUCAACGGAGCUGGGUUCUUUUGUGCUGAGAAUAAUCUGGAAGUUGCAGGCUCCAGCCACAUGUUGAUCUUCAGCUUAGCUGAGGACCUGGAGAAGAUGGGCCUGCAAGAGCGAGCGAGACCUUCCCUGGAGGUGGGGAACGCGCUGCUGCCGUGGUCAGUCACAUGACUCCAGCUCACCCUGCUGUCUCACCUGGUCCCCGAGCCCGACCGCUCGGGAGGAGCAGAGCUGCCCUGGCUCAGCCUCCAAGCCCUCAAGCAGCCGCCGCCCGGCCUCCAUCUGGAUCGGCGGACGCCGGAGGCCGUGUUCCGCUCUGGGCGGGCAGCCAGAAAGGGCCCGAGGCCUCCCCAGAGCCGGCUCUGGGGGACCACGCUGCGCCACUACCGGGCUCCCCGCUGGGACGCCCGGCGCGGUGUCAGCGACUGGGACCUGCACAUGAAGCUGCAUGACCGCGGGGCCCAAGUCAUUCACACUCCAGGAGAGUUCCGACGCUGGCGGGACACAGGCGUUGCCUUUGAACUCAGGGACUCCAGCGCCUAUCACGUGCCCAACCGGACCCUGGCGUCGGGUCGCCUCCUGAGCUACCGCGGGGAGCGCGUGGCAGCGCGCGGGUACUGGGGGGACAUCGCCACGGGGCCCUUCGUGGCCUUCGGCAUCGAAGCCGACGACGAGAGCCUCCUGCGGACCAGCAACGGACAGCCGGUCAAGACGGCCGGGGAGAUCACGCAACACAACGUGACAGAGCUGCUGCGCGAGGUGGCCGCCUGGGGGCGCGCGAGAGCCAGCCGGGGGGACCCGGAGGAGCAGCAGCGCUCGGAGGCAAGCCCGGAGCCAGGGACUUCAGCCCCCACCCCGGAAUCAUUCACUGUCCACUUCCUGCCACUCAAAUCUGCUGAGACUCUCCACCACAAAAGCUGCUACAAUGGCCGCUUCCAGCUCCUCUAUGUGGCCUGUGGGAUGGUCCAUCUUCUCAGCCCUGAGCUUGGGGCCUGUGUGGCACCUGGAGGGAACCUGAUUGUGGAAUUAGCCCGGUACCUGGUGGACGUGCGGCAGGAGCAGCUGCAGGGAUUCAACACCCAGGUCGGGGAGCGAGCUCAGGCAGCUGGAUUCGCUCCACAGACCCGGGCCAGGCCCUCAGAGACCUUCGCACGUUUCUGCAAGUCCCAGGACUCGGCUCUGGGCAGCACUGACCCAGCUGUGGAGCCUGGAACGCCGUCCCUUGACGUCCUGGCCCAGCCUCUUGAAGCCAGCAGCCCAGCCCCUGAGGGCCUGACCCAGCCUCUGCAGGGUGGGACCUCACACUGGGAGCCCUGCCAGCUGCCCUCUGAGUCUCCAGGUUCACUCUCAGAGGUUCUGGCUCAGCCCCAAGGGGCUUUGGCUCUGUCCAACUGUGAGUCAGACUCCAAAACUGGAGUUGACCCAACCCCUAGAUACCCCUUAUCUCCAACUUCCAAAGUCAGGUUGUAGGAUGAGAACCCGCUGAUACCAUUCUAAGCCCGCUGCUGGAGUCCUCAAUUUUAUUCUAAUCAUUCCCACUCAGUACCCGCCACCCCCACCCUGGGAGUGUUGGUAGAAUUUCAAAUUCUAUUUCUGAGAUUCUAUUUCUAGAAUUCUAGAUUGUUCUCUCAGAAUUCCAAAUUCCACUUCUGAGGCUCUGAACCCAGUCUAGGAUCUGACCCUGAGUCUCAAGCCCUUGACUUUGGCCCCCUUGUUCCCAGGCACCCCGUGGUUGACUGGGGGCUGGGGUAUCUUCUCACCAGGGCCUGGUCAGCACCCAGAUGGUUCAAGUAAAGCAAGUUAUGUCCACCUC